AAAUCACCUGCGCAGCUUCUACCACUCCCCCCACCGCUGUCACGGCGCUACUCUCCUCGCACUCCCCAACCACCGCCAACCUCCCACGCCGGCCGCGCCCAAACCCCGCAAAACCCUAGCCGGCCAACACCACCAUGCCGACCGCUCCUCCCUUCCUCUUCCUCCCCUUCCUCCUCUUGCUCCUCGUCUCCACCCCGCGCCCCGUGGCCCCCGCCUCCACCGACCGCGCCGCGCUCCUGGCCUUCCGCGCGUCCCUCUCCCCGCCCUCCCGCGCCGUGCUCUCCUCCUGGCGCGGCCCGCUCUCGGCGUCCUGGCUCGGCGUCUCCCUCCACCCGCCCGUCGCCGACGCCGACCCGCCCUCCGUCGCGGGGCUCGCGCUCCCGGGCCUCAACCUCUCCGGGCCGUUCCCCGCCGCGCCGCUCGCGCUCCUGCGACGCCUCCGGGAGCUCGACCUCUCCGCCAACGCGCUCUCCGGGGAGCUCCCUUGCUCCCUCCCGCGCUCGCUCGUCGACCUCGACCUCUCCCGCAACGCGCUCGUCGGGGCCGUCCCCACCUGCCUCCCCGCCUCGCUCCCGGCGCUCCGCACCCUCAACCUCUCCGCCAACUCCCUCCGGCUCCCGCUCUCCCCGUCGCUCUCCUUCUCCGCGCGCCUCGUCGCACUCGACUUCUCCCGCAACGCGCUUUCCGGCGCCAUGCCGCCGCGAAUCGUCGCCGACCCUGACGCAUCCGGUCUCCUCCUCCUCGACUUCUCCCACAACAGCUUCUCUGGUGAGAUUCCCCCCGCGAUAACCGCGAUCCGGAGCCUGCAGGGCCUGUUUCUUUCGGACAAUCAGCUGUCCGGCGAGAUUCCAUCCGGGAUUGGCAACCUUACCUACUUGCAGGCGCUGGAUUUGUCACUUAAUCGUCUGUCCGGUGUUGUGCCUCCGGGGCUCGCCGGCUGCUUCCAGCUUCUCUACCUGCGUCUCGGGGGGAAUCAGCUCACUGGGGCGCUCCGGCCAGAGCUUGAUGCUCUUGACAGUCUGAAGGUUCUAGAUUUGUCCAAUAACCAGAUAUCUGGUGAGAUUCCUCUGCCGCUGGCUGGAUGCCGGUCUCUCGAGGUGGUGAUCUUGUCUGGAAAUGAGAUCACAGGGGAGCUCAGUGGGGCUGUGGCGAAAUGGCGAAGCCUGAGGUUCCUGUCACUGGCUGAUAAUCAGCUCUCCGGCCAACUACCGGAUUGGAUGUUCUCUUUCCCAUUUCUCCAGUGGCUUGACCUGUCUGGCAAUAGGUUUGUGGGUUUCAUCCCGGAUGGUGGUUUCAAUACAAGUUCAGUGCUUAAUGGCGCAGGAGGUGUCCAAGGGUUUCCAUCAGAAGGUGUGAUUCCACCUCAAUUGUUUGUGUCAGCAUCUGUGGAUGCAACGGGCAUGCAGCUGGAGCUGGGGUAUGAUCUUUGGGCAGCUCCUGGGAUAGAUCUAUCAAGGAAUGUGCUCCAUGGGGAGAUACCUGAAGGGUUGGUUGCGAUGAAGGGAUUGGAGUAUUUGAACCUCUCUUGUAAUUACUUGGCUGGGCAGAUCCCUGCAGGGCUUGGUGGGAUGGGGAGGCUGCGGACGCUGGACUUCUCGUAUAAUGGCUUGUCAGGGGAGGUGCCUCCUGCGAUUGCUGCCAUGACAGAGCUCGAGGCGCUUAACCUCUCCUACAAUAGACUAUCGGGGCCUUUGCCAACAACCGAUGGGUUACAGAAGUUCCCAGGAGCAUUGGCAGGAAACCCUGGGAUAUGCAGUGGGGAAGGAUGCAGUGCGGAUGCAGGGAUGUCAGAAGGGAAAAUGGCUCGAAGUAACCUUCAUGGAUGGCUCGGUGGCUGGCAUGGAGAGAAUGGAUGGGUAUCCCUUGGGGCGUUCUGUAUCAGCACGAUGACUAGCUUAUGUGUCUCAAUGGCUACCUUGCUUUGUUCCUCCAAGGCUAGGAGCUUCGUAUUUCAACCUGUGAGGAUAGAAUAUUAACAUUGAAGGCAUGAUCGGCAAUAAGUUCUGUAAAUAAGAGAAUCUGUGUGAAGUAUGAGUGUUUUAGUGCGCAGCUAAUCUUGACCAAGGGAAGUUUGGUAACUUGUUCUAAUGAUCAGACAGUCUGUCGAGUGUUGCCCUAAUUGUUGUUGUACGGACGUCUAAAUCUGCUUCCGGUGUAUUUGCAUCUAUGCGAGCAUCAUCUGGUUGUAAUCCUGCCAUUUCAGAGGAUUGGGGACCAGGUUUUGUUUGAGAUCAGCGAGUCUUGUUACGGAGGAUGUACAUGGCCCUAGGCGCAAACUGGAGAAUGUUGUACCAUGAGCAAUUUCAGAUGUAAAUACCCUCUAUCCACUUUGUCAUGUUGGGUGCAGGUUUGAGUCGUAAAUUCUGUAUUUUUUUCCCCAGCUCAUUAGCUUUCUUGCUUGUAAUCUUGUAGAAUAACAUUUAGAUGAUGUUUCAAUUAUUUGACUGGAGAUGGUCGAUCUCUAUAAAUAUGUCUACCAUUGUUGCAUCGA